AUGCUGUCCCCGGACCAGACCCAAGAACAACUGAUUUUUCAGUUAGCGAACAUUGGUGGACACAAUGUGCCAAUGAGAGAUGAUUGCUCGUCAAGCUUGACUACACCUAGGUCAUCUCGGUCUCGAAGAUGGGGCCAAGGACUCACAAAAACGCCCAAGCCUAAAAAUGGCUUCGUCAUGCAAGAGUGUUCACAGCCUGGCUUAGGCAUUGGUUUUCCUGGAUUGGAACCCCCUUGGGGAUCCACAGCUACGCCAACACCUAGAAGCCAUUCAUUGAGCGUUCUAGAAAUACCAUCAAGGUCUACUUCCAUCCCACGCCCUGAGUCAAAGUUUUUGAAGCCUCCAUUCGCCCUUGCCAGCUCAUCUUCCUUUGAAGAGUGGAACACUCCAGUAUCAGGACCUCUGCCAUAUCAGUUAAGCGCUGGCGUCACUCCACCUAGAGUGAGGCCUUUUGAUCACCCAUCACAUUCGACUAGCAAGAAAUCAUACAUCCAUGAACCCUGCUCCUUGUGCCUCGAAUUCAUUUCGUGCCGAACUCUUGGAGAGAAGGUAGUUCCGCUUGAAUGUGGACACCUUGUCCACGAAGAGUGUCUAGUGGCUUAUUUUGAUAGUCCUACGAAGUUUGAUAUCAAUGAUAUGUUCCCGUACUGCCGCAAGUGUGAUAAUGACGUUCGGUGUCUACCCUCCGAUUUGCAGCUGCGGGACAGCUGCAUAUCCAGAGCUUUGGUCUCCGGAAGCCCAAGGUUUAAAAGGUUCCAAGAUAUUGCGCCUAAGGAGCGCCUGGUAGAUAAAGUUUCAUCGGAUUCCAUAUCGAUUCCUAAUAGACUCCUAUCAAUGGAAGAUUUUCGACUAAACGCUGGUCCCAGCAGGUCGCGAUCGAAUAAAAACGUCAAGGAUCUAUCUUUAAGAUUAAAACCUAAUAACAACUUUAGAGGGAGUGUUGUUUCAGGAAUCUCUUCUGUCAUCUCCUCCGUGUCUGACUUUUCAGUUAGUCAGCCCCAGGACUCCAACGGCGGUAUGUCAAUUACUGAGCACAAGCCCCCAUUAGCUGCCCUCAGGUCCUACUAUACACACUUGCUGAUGGAAAACUUCCCAAACCAGUUACAUGGAUGGAAGAUUGAUGCAAAUUUUGGGCUUUUAAGAUUGGUAGAUAGACUGAUGUUCUCGGAAGACGGCAAAAAGUACCAGGAUGCAUGCUGCUACUUAUUCACCAAUGCUUUGCUAAUUGCUCUAGUGUCCCCGACUUUUGAUCCAAAAAUCUCAGCGGGGAUAAGACUUCACACUUAUGUCACCUAUCACCCUUUAUCUGAUACAAGUGUCGAUUCUCUCAAUUCAUCCGUUCUUAAGUGUACAAUUUUGAGCGCUACACCGAAUGCCAAACUCAUGCACGGAUCUACGCUUUACUUGACAGAAGCUCUAGACUCAGCCUCGAGCCAAGUGAUUGAAAAGUGGAUUUCAGCUCUUCUCAAUAAAGAUAUUUUAUUUGGCAAUUCUGCUCUCUCUUCCACCUUACCACCGCCCCCUAUAAUCGAGGAAGAAACGAGACGUUCUCUAAUGGUUGAAUUGCCCGGUGCAUCCUCGUUAGAUCUUGAUGUCUCGGAGCAAAUUGAUGAUAAUGAGGCGAUUGUACGAACAAGCACUGUUAUAUCCAACAACCAAAGCCGCAGAACAACAAUAACAUCACUUCUUUCCCUGAAGAGAGGCAGACCGACACUUCUUGCUCUUGUUCUUCAGCUUGACCCCUCUCGUUUAAAAGAUGCAGAGCUCAUCGGACUCGUGAACAGUUUGAUGGCAUUGACUUUUAAGAUUAGAGAUGCCAGGCUUUGCUUAGUUGAUCUGGAAGGGGGUAUAGUAAGUCAAGGGCUUGUACGGGAGCAACUAUCGGUCGUCAAAGAUCUUAAAAGCACUGUGAAAGACCAUAAUCGAGCAAGGUUUAACCCUGCAGACUUCAAAAACGAAUUCAUUUGGGAAAACGUUGACAAAAUUGGGAUAGCUGUGAUUUCCAACACAUUGGUGGAAUCUGGAAAGUCUUGUUUAUUCAUGGACUACAAUUCAUUUGCGGGUAUUAAUAGAACUAGGCCUCAUGAACUGAAAAUACACAUUGGAUUCCUCAAUGUCGAUUACACUGAUUGCAUAUCAGAAUUGGUCGAAGUAGCUUCGGCGCACGAUUUAUUAGAGACUUUGUGUUAUGGUUUCAACCUCUCAUUUGAGGAGGAAGACGAUAAUAACGAUGACGACGACGAAGAUUUCGAUAACGAUGUAUCCUACGAAUAUGACGUCAAGCUUGAUAGAUUCGAUGAUUUGCAUACGUUAAAGACCCCAGGGAGCGACCAUACAAAGGCGAGUUUUAUAAUAGUUGAUAAUGACAACAGUGCCGGUUUGUUGACUAAUACCCUCAACGAUGAAAUGCUUGAAACAGAUGAGUGGAUAAGUACAAGGUCCCCGCUGCUUCGAGAAAACCGAACGAGUUGCAGCAUCGAAUCCCCUUUAACUGAUAAUUUAGAGAUUAAAGAAGUUCCAGGCUCUAGUUCGCCAAUCGGCGAAGAUGUUUCUCUUAAUGCAGUUCUCGCGAAGCUACAUCUACAAGACUUCGAUGAAAAGUUUAAAAAGCGGACUACUGAAAAACCUGAAAUAAGACAGAAACAGUUGAAAAGGUCUUCGAAGUUUAUUAAUAAAAUCUGCAUCGAUGAAUUAGCCCAGGAAAGCUCAAUCAACGAAGCGCAAAACACGCUUCUCGGUUGGACCGCUUUCUUGAAGGGCAUCAGCAAGCAGCUGGACGAUGCUAUGGAUGACAAGAACGAAGCAGAAGCAACCCCUCCAUGA